UUUCGAACGUUGGAAAAUUUCGGACGGCUUUAUUUUCGGACACUUCUUUGUCCGAUAUGAAAAUCAUCCGAAAUUUUGUGCAACCGCAAACCAAACGUGUAAUAAAUAAUGUUAGCAAUGUACCCGCAACCUGCAGCGCUCGUUGAGGCGUGUGCUCGUUUUUGAUUAGAUUAUAAGAAUCGGGAACUCUUUGAGUGUUUUAACAAAGAUUUGACAAAAACAGCACAUGUUCCCGCCAGUUGCUUUGUCCGACCACGUGGUACCUGUACGUUUGUGACAGGUGGUUGACAAAGCCACGUGCGCGAGUCACGCAAUAUCUUGUCGCGCGAAAGGAGCGUGGACACAUUAUUUAGUACAGGAGAUAUAAAGAAGCUGUCAAGUUAUAUAAAGCCGUGUUCUUCUGAGAAGAUAAAUUAAUUUCAAAUUGAAUAAUCCUAAAUAUGCAAGGAUGGAGACCAGGAUAGAUCUCAAAUUGCAAACCACAAAUUCGAUAAAAUUGGCCAAUUUUUUCAAGAUGUUUCUUCAGAUACGGGUAGGUUGCUGUCGGGAACAUGAUACGUGUUUGUUGGACUUAUAGGUACUGUCUUGUCGGCUGGCACUUCAAUUUGUUCGUUGUUGUCUCCUUAUUUUCUGAGAUUUCGAGUUAUAAAAAUUACAAGGAUAAGAAAGGACAUUUCAAUGAACUUCACUAAUAAUUUUCGCUAUGGGUCUAGUGGUUUUUCAUUUCUUCACUUCGAUCGUCAAGGAAGGAAUAUUCCUCUAUAAAGACGAAAGUAAAUGUCACGGUGUCACACCGUGACAAGUUUAAUUAGAAACGUACGUGACAUAAAACGUUGGUUUUUCGACUUUCGUUCCCGACAGUCCUCGUCAUACGACUUCCCAGCUGUGCUCGAUAUCUGCGCUUCUGAAAAUUUCAACGUUUUGAUUUAAUACUUGCCAUGAUACGACUUCAAUUUAUAGAAUUCUCUCACUGAAUGUACAGGAUCUAAGUCGAUCUGUCGUCUGCUUACUUUCACCGAGAAUAGCAACUCGAUCGAGGCCAAACGCCAACAAAUCAGAGCCUUCACAAUGCUGAAAAAGUGGCACUAUGUGUCCCUAACACUUAUAGUGGUGAUCCUGUGUCUUUGCGUGAGGAACCUGUGGUAUCUUCUGACUCAGGGCUCGUCCAGUUCUCCUUUAGUAGACAAACUCUUUGGCCACGUUCAAACAAGCAACUUAUCUGACUACACAGCCUCUGUUAGAAUUAUCGGCUCAAAUUACGAGCCCGAGGAAUCAAUGGAGAUCAGUUUAACAAGCGAGGUCGUGAAAUACGUAAUGAUUGUUCCUCAUGGGUUGGAUUCAAAGCAAAUGCGUGAGGGUAUUGGUGGUCUGUCUACGCCUAGCGAUCGAGACACUGUACGCACGCUGACAGGCUUUCUUGAUAAGCACCCAGAGUUCGAUGGAGCGACUGGAGUAACUAGUCAAAUCCAAAUAAAAGGACCGGAUGAAAGCAAAAAGUUGCUCGAGCAAAGCGCUUGCCGAUUCCUAUUGAAAAACUGGACGCUGGUCAUUCGCAAUUCGGGAAAGAUUCACAAACUUCAAGGUGCGAAACAGGGCGAGGAAUAUCAGGAGUGCAGUAUCACUGAGAACGCAUUUCUGAUUCGCAAAAAGCACUUUCUAGAAUUGAGGUGGAGAUCAGACUACGGAAGUUUGAGCCAUCUUGAUUUCUUUAUAAGAUCCAAAGGAACGUUGAAAAUAGCGAAAUUAUCCAACUGUUAUUUGGGCCAAUCUCUGAAUUACAUUGAUAGGGGCAGCUUAGAAGGCAGUAAAGAGUUCGCAGACUAUUCAAAACUAGGCCAGUUCCACUCAAUUCUACGCAUUGUGCUGCCGAAUAAGAUAGAGUGGACCAAGUGCUCCGACGACGCCGAGCUCUGCCCCGAAAAGCCGACGGCUGCGCGAUCGUCAAAUUCACUCGUCACCGAUGGCUUUCCGAUCUGCUGUGACGUUCUUAUGGACAAGCUUUUAGUCGCGACCGUUAAAGCAAUGGACGAAAUUGGAAUGGAGUACCGCGCAACGUAUGGAACUCUGCUUGGCGCAGCAAGGUCUGGAGCGAUCAUCCCAUAUUCGGACGAUAUCGAUUUGGCUGUUCGCCAAAAGGACAACGAUAACUACUCAAGAUUUAUUGUUCUUCAAACCCACAUUGGAUCCAAAUAUCGCGUCGCUUGGAAGGCAAAGCCCCCUAUGAGUCGGGUGUAUCCUUAUUUCGCUGCGUCUGUUGAUGUCAACACUGACAAAUAUUUUGAGGGAGAUAGCCUAGAAAGCAAAAUUCUGUUUGAUCAGAAAAUUUUACUCGAGAUGAAAAAGCUUUUUCCUAUCGCCGACAACACAGAGGAGAGACGUUUUGUUGACAUGUACCCCUCCCCAGAGGAAUGGUUCAAUGGCUUCUCUAAUGUGACAAUCAACGAUCGACAAUAUCAGGGGAUCCCAGGGGACACUAAGAAACGUCUAAUCGCGUGGUAUGGAGAAGACUACAGGGAGAAACGACCGGAGAAAUCUUCUAAAACAACUUUUGCAUAGGAAAAGAAGAAGCCCUACUACCUAAUUUCCCCCCCUCCCCC